AGCACUGGGAAAAUAUGCAUUGAGCUGCAUUCUGUCUGCAAAGCGCAACUGCAUGCUUUAUUUCGGAGGAGUGGUUGUUGAGGACAUUUUCUUUUCAGCGUAGUGUCUGAUUUUCGGUAUAAGGUAUUGUCAUGUGUAUGAUUUCGCAGUGGCGCAGUGUUGUAAAUGCUGACUCACUGGGUACCGAAUUCAGUGAGUGUUGUUUAAGUUAUUAUGAUGUCAAUAAACAAGUGACUGACUGCUUUGUUCCGUUAAGCCAAUGAUGUGUUUCAUAAACAGAACAGAACCAGACUCGGUAAUCAUUUUGUAAGUUGUAUUUGAUGGAUAGUUCGUCGGAGGAGACACCAAUGGCUGUGUUUUGUGCUGUGAAAAGUCUGUGCGGGCAUUCGAACAGUGUGGUGCGUGCGUGCGUUACAGGGACGUAUCGAGUCAACGCCUUGUAAACGAAUUAUUUUUUUGUCGUAAUGCCAGGAAGUCGGUCCAGCAACGAACCUGAACACAAGUCACCGCGGGAAAGUGGUGAAGAUUCUGAAGAUGAAAGUGAAAUUUUGGAAGAAAGCCCGUGCGGGAGGUGGUUGAAAAGAAGAGAGGAGGUGGAGCAGAGGGAUGUGCCGGGAAUCGACUCGGCGUACCUCGCCAUGGACACGGAAGAGGGCGUGGAAGUGGUGUGGAACGAGGUGCAGUUCUCGGAGAGGAAGAACUUCAAGGCGCAGGAGGAGAAGAUACAGCAGGUGUUCGAGAACCUGACCCGUCUGGAGCACCCCAACAUCGUCAAGUUCCACCGCUACUGGACCGACACGCACAACGACAAGCCCAGGGUGAUAUUCAUCACAGAGUAUAUGUCCUCGGGCUCGUUGAAACAGUUCCUCAAGCGCACCAAGAGGAAUGUCAAAAAGUUGCCUCUCCAGGCUUGGAAACGGUGGUGCACUCAAAUUCUUUCUGCGCUAAGUUACUUGCAUUCCUGUUCUCCACCCAUCAUCCAUGGGAACCUCACCUGCGAUACGAUAUUUAUUCAGCACAAUGGCCUCGUGAAAAUAGGAUCAGUGGCUCCAGAUGCGAUUCAUCAUCACGUUAAGACCUACAGGGAUAACAUGAAGAAUAUGCAUUUCAUAGCACCAGAAUAUGCAGUGUCGGUGACGACGGCGAUCGACGUCUACGCGUUCGGCAUGUGCGCUCUGGAGAUGGCGGCGCUGGAGAUCCAGGGCAACGGGGACUCCGGGACGCUGGUGACGGAGGACGACAUCAGCCGCACCAUCGAGUCGCUGGACGACGAGCGGCAGCGCGACUUCGUGAAGCGCUGCCUGGCGCGCGAGCCCACGGACCGGCCCAGCGCGCGGGAGCUGCUCUUCCACCCGCUCGUGUUCGAGGUGCACCCGCUCAAGCUGCUGGCCGCUCACGCCCUCGUCCAUUCCACGGCGAACAUAUCGGAGACCAUCACAGAUGAGGUGGUGCAGAGGUUAUUCGGGCCAGACGUGGUGGUUGCGGAAAUAGUCCACCCUGACCGGCCCGGAGUGCAGAUGAAGAUGGGUGACAUUCCUGUGGCAGAGAAGCUAGAGAAGUUUGUCGAAGACGUUAAGUACGGCAUCUACCCUCUAACGGCUUUCUCGGCCCGCCUACCUCCCCCGCCCAGACCGCGCCCGGUCACCCCCGAGAUGACGGAGAGUGUGAAGUCGGUGACCCCCGAACCGCAGGAUCUGGAGGUGCGACGCGUAGUCAACAUGAUGUGCAACGUGAAGCCUCGUGAGGACAGCACUGAGCUCCUGAUGACUAUAUUGCUGCGGAUGGAUGACAAAAUGAAUCGGCAAUUGACAUGCUGUCUCUCGGAUGGGGACAACUCUCUGCAACUGGCUCAAGAACUCGUCCACUUUGGCUUCAUCAAUGAGGAUGAUCGAGAGAAACUUGCAACACUUAUUGAAGAGGCUUUACGAAACUGCUUCAAUAAUCCAUCACUAAGCCCAAGCUCAUCCACUGCUAUUUAUCCACCACCAGAACAGCAGCAGUUCUCAGAACAGUUCCUUCCCCCACAAAUUUCAAUUUUGCAACAGAUUCCUUCACAGCUACAGCCUCUUUUACAGCAGCAAUGUCCUCAGCAACAACAGGCCCCUUCACAGCAGUAUCAGCAACAAGAAAUGUCUCAGCAGCCUCAGUAUCAGCAGCUGCCUUUCCAACAGCAGCAACAGGUCUUAACCCAACAGCAACAACUUCCUCCUCCUCAGCAGCAGCAGCAGCAGCAGGUGCCACUUCAGCAGCAACAGGUUCCACAACAACAGCAGCAACAGGUGCCACAACAGCAGCAGCAACAGGUGCCACAACAGCAGCAGCAACAGGUGCCACAACAGCAGCAGCAGGUGCCACAACAGCAGCAGCAGGUGCCACAGCAGCAGCAGCAGGUGCCACAACAGCAGCAGCAGCAGGUGCCACAACAGCAGCAGCAGCAGGUGCCACAACAGCAGCAGCAGGUACCACCCCAACAGCAGCAGGUACCAUCCCAACAGCAGCAAACAGCGGUACCACCCCAACAGCAGCAAACAGCGGUACCACCCCAACAUCAGCAAACAGCGGUACCACCCCAACAGCAGCAAACAGCGGUACCACCCCAACAGCAGCAAACAGCGGUACCACCCCAACAGCAGCAAACAGCGGUACCACCCCAACAGCAGCAAACAGCGGUACCACCCCAACAGCAGCAAACAGCGGAACCACCCCAACCACAGCAGCAGGCAGCACCCCAACAACAGCAACAGGCCCCUCCUCAACAACUGCCUUCCCAACAAUUGCAACUUCCAGUCACACCACAGCAACUUCCACUACAACAGCAACCAAUUCUCCCCCAAGAAAUUCCAUCCCAACAGCAAGUACUACCAAUUCCUCCUCAGCAACAUUACUCACAACAGGUGCUGCCUCUUGAGCAGCCACUUGUACCCUCCUCUCAGCAGCCACUGCUACCGCCACAUUCACAGCUUCCUGUUGACUCCCAGUUGCUUGAAUCACAACUUAAGGAUCCACAGCUCAUAGAGGCUCCGCUUGAUCCCCAGUUACUUGACCAGCAACUACUCCAGCUCCAGCUCCAGCAGCAAGGUCUCUUCCAUCCGGACCAGGAGCCUGUUCUUCAACAGCCAGCGGUCUUCUCUCAAGAACAGGCCUUGCUGCAACCACAGCAACAACUGCCAGAACCACCCUUGGUGCUGCCACAGCAGCAACCUGAAAUCUCAACGAGUUAGUGGUGGAUGGUGUUGUGUUGAUCGCACCCUUAUGAUCCUAGUCAAGUUGCCAGGCUCUCCCCCACAGAACUUGAAUGGUAAAGCGAUGGAUUCUACUCAGCAAUGAGCGUAUUGUUCCUUUCUACCCAAACUUAAUGCAUUUUUUCGCUUCUGCCAAAUCAUUUUAUUUGUAUAUAGUAAUGGUCAAUGAAAUACAUGAUAUGUUUAUUUUUCA